AUGAAAUUGUGUCAACAUAACAAUAAUUUUUGUCUAGAUAAACCUUUAAAACCACAGUACAAUGGAGGAAUUAUCGUGAACCCUGACUUACGAGAUGGUCCAAAAGCUUGGUUACCGUUUGGAAACGCAAAAAUCGAAUUUAAAGAUAUUGGAAACGAUAAAUUUGUUGUCGCACGAGAGAGGAAACAACCUCAUGACAGCGUCUCACAGAAGGUUCAUCUGGAAAAGGGACGUCUCUACACUUUCUCUGCUUGGCUACAAGUAGACAAAGGAACGGCUCCAGUGAGUGCCGUUUUCAAGAUAAACGGUGAAUAUAAGCAUGCCGGUUUGGUUUUUGCUGAAUCCAAAUGUUGGACCAUGCUCAAAGGUGGUCUCACUGUUGAUCAAUCUGGCCUUGCCGAACUCUACUUCGAGAGCAACAACACAAUGGUUGAGAUUUGGGUAGAUAGCGUCUCGCUGCAACCAUUUACACAAGAAGAGUGGAACUCUCACCACCAUCAGAGCAUUCAGAAGGAGAGAAAGAGAACCGUGAGAAUCAGAGUCUUAAACAACAAAGGCGAGCCGGUACAGAAGGCAAGCCUUUCCAUAGAACAGAGGAAACUCGGCUUCCCAUUCGGCUGCGAGGUAGAGAAGAACAUACUUGACAGUCACGCAUACCAACACUGGUUCACUAAAAGGUUCACAGUGACAACUUUCGCCAACGAGAUGAAAUGGUACAGCACUGAAGUGGUUAGAGGCAAAGAGGAUUACUCAACCGCUGAUAAGAUGUUGAAAUUCUUCAAGAAGCAUGGGGUCCCUGUACGUGGUCACAAUAUUGUAUGGAACGACCCUAAGUAUCAACCUAAAUGGCUAUACUCCCUCUCUGGUCCUGACCUCUACAAUGCAGUGAAGCAAAGAGUUAAAUCCGUAGCUUCGAGAUACAAAGGACAUCUUGAGGGUUGGGACGUUGUGAAUGAGAAUCUUCAUUUCUCCUACUUUGAGAAAAAGAUGGGUCCUAUGGCUUCUUAUAACAUCUUUAAGAUGGCGCAGGCAUUUGAUCCAACGACAACUAAGUUUAUAAAUGAGUACAAUACGUUAGAGGAACCGAGGGAUUCAGAUUCUAGUCCCGCAAAGUAUUUGAAGAAGCUUAGGGAGCUUAAACCUAUCGUGGUUCGUGGAAAUGUUUCGUUAGGGAUUGGUCUUGAGUCUCAUUUUAAGACUCCUAACAUUCCCUUUAUGAGAUCAGCUCUUGACACUCUUGGUGCCACUGGUUUGCCUAUUUGGCUCACUGAGGUCGACGUAGAAGCUCCUCCUAAUGUUCAGGCCAAGUAUUUUGAACAGGUCCUAAGGGAAGGCCACGCACAUCCUCAUGUUAAAGGAAUAGUGACGUGGGCAGGUUAUUCUCCAAAAGGUUGUUACCGAAUGUGCCUCACCGAUGGAAACUUCAAGAAUCUACCCACAGGUGAUGUGGUGGACAAACUUCUGCAUGAAUGGGGAGGCUUCCGCGGACAAACCAAAGGUCUCACUGAUGCUAAUGGAUUCUUUGAAGCCUCACUUUUCCAUGGUGACUAUGAUGUCAAGAUUGAUCAUCCUCUCACGAAUUCAAAAGCUUCCCACAGCUUUAAGUUGGUUUCUGAUGCCUCCUCGAACACUCAACCAUCACCUUUUGUCUUUCGUCUUUAA